AGAGCUGCGGCUGGAGUCGAGCGCGCCGCGUCGCCCGCUGCCGCCCGUGCGGAGCGUGGGGAGCCCUCGGCCACAGCCCUCCCCUGCCGCGGAGGGUCCUGCUCCGCGCCGCUGGCCAGGCCGCCCCGUGCCCGGGCCUUUCCGUCCUUGGAGCGGAUCUUUGCCCGCCGGGUGCCUUCCCGCAGCGACGGCGGCAGCCGGAGCUGAGGCCGCUGUGGUGGCUGUGCCUGUGCCCGGGUACCCAUACUUGGCCACUUCCCUACCAGCACCUCGCCUUGCUCAGCACGGGAUCUAAGGGGCCAGCUGUCCAUAGCUGUGGCUGAGCUGAGGCUGCACCCGUGAGAAGAUGGGCGACAUGGCCAACAGUUCCAUUGAGUUCCACCCCAAGCCUCAGCAGCGGGAGGCCCCGCACGCUGGUGGCUUUGGGUGCACGCUGGCUGAGCUGCGUGCCCUCAUGGAGCUCCGAGGGGCCGAAGCACUGCAGAAGAUUCAGGAAGCCUACGGGGACGUCAGCGGGCUCUGUAGAAGACUGAAGACUUCGCCCACUGAGGGCCUAGCAGACAACGCCAAUGACCUGGAGAAGCGCAGACAGAUCUACGGGCAGAACUUCAUCCCUCCCAAGCAGCCAAAGACCUUCCUGCAGCUGGUAUGGGAGGCCCUGCAGGACGUAACUCUCAUCAUCCUGGAGGUGGCUGCCAUUGUGUCUCUGGGCCUCUCCUUCUAUGCACCACCUGGGGAGGAGAGCGAAGCCUGUGGGAAUGUGUCUGGCGGGGCAGAAGAUGAGGGUGAGGCUGAGGCUGGAUGGAUCGAGGGGGCUGCCAUCCUGCUGUCUGUCAUCUGCGUGGUGCUGGUCACAGCCUUCAACGACUGGAGCAAGGAGAAGCAGUUUCGGGGCCUGCAGAGCCGCAUCGAGCAGGAGCAGAAGUUUACGGUCAUCCGCAACGGGCAGCUCCUCCAGGUCCCUGUGGCUGCACUGGUGGUGGGGGACAUCGCCCAGGUUAAGUAUGGAGACCUGCUGCCUGCGGAUGGAGUGCUCAUCCAGGGCAAUGACCUCAAGAUCGACGAGAGCUCCCUGACUGGCGAGUCGGACCACGUGCGCAAGUCAGCAGACAAAGACCCCAUGCUGCUCUCCGGUACCCAUGUCAUGGAAGGUUCUGGAAGAAUGGUGGUGACAGCUGUUGGUGUGAACUCCCAGACAGGCAUCAUCUUUACAUUGCUUGGAGCUGGUGGAGAAGAGGAAGAGAAGAAGGAUAAGAAAGGCAAGCAGCAGGAUGGGGCGAUGGACAGUAGCCAGACCAGAGCUAAGAAGCAGGAUGGGGCAGUUGCCAUGGAAAUGCAGCCUCUGAAGAGUGCGGAGGGUGGUGAGAUGGAGGAGCGGGAGAAGAAGAAAGCCAAUGUGCCCAAGAAGGAGAAAUCGGUCCUGCAAGGGAAGCUCACGAAACUGGCGGUGCAAAUUGGGAAAGCAGGGCUGGUGAUGUCUGCUAUCACUGUCAUCAUCCUGGUUCUCUACUUUGUGAUCGAGACCUUUGUGGUGGAGGGCCGCGUGUGGUUGGCCGAGUGCACACCAGUCUAUGUACAGUAUUUUGUGAAGUUCUUCAUCAUCGGCGUCACUGUGCUGGUGGUGGCUGUCCCCGAGGGCCUGCCUCUGGCUGUCACCAUCUCUUUGGCUUACUCUGUCAAGAAAAUGAUGAAGGACAACAACCUGGUACGCCAUCUGGAUGCCUGUGAGACCAUGGGCAAUGCCACAGCCAUUUGUUCAGAUAAGACGGGCACCCUCACCACCAACCGGAUGACCGUGGUCCAGUCCUACCUAGGAGACACCCAUUACAAAGAGAUUCCAUCUCCCAGCGCCCUGACCCCCAAGAUCCUUGACCUCCUGGUCCAUGCCAUCUCCAUCAACAGUGCCUACACCACCAAAAUACUACCUCCAGAGAAGGAAGGCGCUCUCCCACGCCAAGUGGGUAAUAAGACGGAGUGCGCUCUGCUGGGCUUCGUCCUAGACCUGAAGCGGGACUUCCAGCCUGUGAGGGAGCAGAUUCCCGAAGAUAAGCUUUACAAAGUGUACACCUUCAACUCGGUCCGCAAAUCCAUGAGCACAGUCAUCUGCAUGCCUGAUGGCGGCUUCCGCCUCUUCAGCAAGGGAGCCUCGGAGAUCCUGCUCAAAAAGUGCACCAACAUCUUGAAUAGCAACGGUGAACUUCGAGGAUUUCGUCCGCGGGACCGGGAUGACAUGGUGAAGAAGAUCAUUGAGCCCAUGGCUUGUGAUGGCCUUCGCACCAUCUGCAUUGCCUACCGAGACUUCCCUUCAAGCCAAGAGCCUGACUGGGAUGAUGAGAACGAGGUGGUGGGCGACCUCACCUGCAUAGCUGUUGUGGGCAUCGAGGACCCCGUGCGGCCUGAGGUCCCUGAAGCAAUUCGCAAGUGUCAGCGUGCUGGCAUCACAGUCCGCAUGGUAACUGGGGACAACAUCAACACAGCCCGAGCCAUUGCGGCCAAGUGUGGCAUCAUCCAGCCAGGAGAGGACUUCCUGUGCUUGGAGGGGAAAGAGUUCAACCGGAGAAUCCGCAACGAGAAAGGCGAGAUAGAACAGGAGCGGCUGGACAAAGUGUGGCCCAAGCUGAGGGUGCUCGCCCGGUCCUCUCCCACUGACAAGCACACUCUGGUCAAAGGGAUCAUCGACAGCACCACCGGUGAGCAGCGGCAGGUGGUGGCCGUGACCGGGGAUGGCACCAAUGAUGGGCCAGCCCUCAAGAAGGCAGACGUGGGCUUUGCCAUGGGCAUCGCAGGAACUGAUGUGGCCAAGGAGGCCUCUGACAUCAUCCUGACAGAUGACAACUUCACCAGCAUUGUCAAGGCAGUCAUGUGGGGCCGAAACGUCUACGACAGCAUCUCCAAAUUCCUGCAGUUCCAGCUGACAGUCAAUGUGGUGGCUGUGAUUGUGGCCUUCACGGGCGCCUGCAUUACUCAGGACUCUCCUCUCAAAGCCGUGCAGAUGUUGUGGGUGAACUUGAUCAUGGACACUUUUGCCUCUCUGGCCCUGGCAACGGAGCCCCCCACUGAGUCACUGCUGCUGCGGAAGCCAUAUGGCCGGGACAAGCCCCUCAUCUCGCGCACCAUGAUGAAGAACAUCCUAGGCCAUGCUGUCUACCAGCUCACCAUCAUCUUCACCCUGCUUUUUGUUGGGGAGCUCUUGUUCGACAUCGACAGUGGGCGGAAUGCACCUCUGCACUCACCGCCAUCAGAGCACUACACCAUCAUCUUCAACACCUUCGUCAUGAUGCAGCUCUUCAAUGAGAUCAACGCCCGCAAGAUCCACGGCGAGAGGAAUGUCUUCGAUGGCAUCUUUAGCAACCCCAUCUUCUGCACCAUUGUUCUGGGCACCUUUGGAAUUCAGAUCGUCAUCGUCCAGUUCGGCGGGAAGCCCUUCAGCUGUUCCCCGUUAUCCACAGAACAGUGGCUCUGGUGCCUGUUUGUUGGCGUUGGGGAGCUUGUCUGGGGACAGGUCAUCGCCACCAUCCCCACCAGCCAGCUGAAGUGCCUGAAGGAAGCAGGGCACGGGCCCGGGAAAGAUGAGAUGACGGAUGAGGAGCUGGCCGAGGGGGAAGAGGAGAUUGACCACGCUGAGCGGGAGCUCCGCAGGGGCCAGAUCCUCUGGUUCCGAGGCCUCAAUCGGAUUCAGACGCAGAUCCGAGUGGUGAAAGCAUUCCGUAGCUCGCUCUAUGAAGGUCUGGAAAAACCGGAAUCUAAGAGCUCCAUCCAUAACUUCAUGGCAACGCCCGAGUUUCUGAUCAAUGACUACACCCACAACAUCCCGCUCAUAGAUGACACGGAUGUGGAUGAGAACGAGGAGCGCCUCCGGGCCCCACCCCCACCACCCCCCAACCAGAACAACAAUGCCAUAGACAGCGGCAUCUACCUGACCACGCAUGUCACCAAGUCAGCUACCUCUUCGGCAUUCUCUUCCAGACCCGGGAGCCCACUCCACAGCAUGGAGACGUCCCUCUAACCAGAACUUCUCUGUACAUGCACACAUGCACACUUGGACUCACGCGCAAUCACACACCCACACGCACGCACACAUGCACACGGCACAGAGGGGGAUCUGCACACCUGCCAAAGAGGGAAACAACAGAGACAACUGAGGGCUUUUCUUGUGCUGUCUUUGCAGGAAGCCAAAUCCAUUCGAUAAAGGUGCGGCCCUCUGGGCUUCUCAUCUAGGACCCAGGAGCAGAAGCAGGGGGAGGAGGAAGAGGAGGAAGAAGAGGAUAAGAGGGAGGAGGGGAAGGUAGAAGAGAGGAAGAAUGGCACUCCCUACCUUUUUUUCUACUGAUGCUUCGUUCUUAACAAAUAAUUCUACCAUAUGUCCACCAUCCAGGCUGUGCAUUGGGGUCAGCGCU